AUGUCGAAAUCCAAACAACGGGAUCAACUACCACCAUUUGGAACACUCGUUCGUGUUUCUGAACCCCCAGAAGAGGAAGAAAAGGGUUGUGUAAGGGUGAAGACAGUUAAAGGAUCUAAAGGUGGAAAUGACGAUGACACACAUGAAGAAAACGGAGUUCUAUUUUGGGUUAACAAAAGUGGAUUUCCAAUUGACAAUAGGACAUGGGAUCGAAUGUGGGAUCACGUGUCGAGAAUACAUCCAGAUGGUUACAGCAUGAUCAACAAAAUUAGAAAUAAAUCUGAUCUACCUCAGAUUCCUAUACAACAGGCACCAUUAAACUUUCCGUCUUCCAUGCCUGCACAAGAACGACUGGAUAAGGUUCAAAACUACAUGAAGUCGCUUCAAUAUAAUCAUACCGGAACACAGUUUUUUGAAAUCAGGAAGCAGAGACCACUAUCAGGGUUGAUGGACUGUGCCAGAGAAAUGAUUAAAGAAGCUCUUCCCAUCAAAUGCUUGGAGGCUGUGAUUCUUGGGUUAUUUUUAACCAAUGGUUUUCUUGGUGUCGAACGCUUUCCGCUAAGUUUUAAGAGUGUGUUUGGUGGAAAUGUACAUAGACAUGUAGUACUAGGGAUAUAUUAUGCUGGUAAAUAUGGUUCCAUUGGUAUGAGCAGGAGGGAUGAACUGAUGUACAAACCUGUUGUCUAUAAGUCUCUCUCGGAAUUGGUUUUUGAAUUUGAAAGAUCUUACAAUAUGUUUAAACAUGACGUAAAGAAGGUAAAAAUCGGGCUGCCUGUUCCGCAUGAUCCUCACAGCUAUGAACUCAUCAACUGGAAGGCCCUUACUAUAAACAUGAACAAAAUGAGUCAAAAAGAAGUGACCAAAGACCUUGAUGUUGUGGCCAAGGAAAUUCGGACAAAAGCCAAACUCAACUCUCUGAAUCCCGAGGCUAGUUAUGCGAAGGUAAAAUGUCACCACUAGUCCCGGUCGUGGGUUACUCAGCCUUCUUCACCAAGGAAAAAUAUCACCUCUAUCGAUAUGACCACUGGUAGAGACACAUAUGCGAGCAACAGUCUAAAGCAGGCAUCAAAAAUUUACAGAUCACAAACAAUGGUAGGUUCAUCCGACAAUGGCGCCGUUAGGAGGAAAUCUACAGAUCCCGCAGACUAUCAGAUACGAAUAUGA